CAUCAAGUCUCCACUCCCAUUUCAGAGCUGAGCAUUUUACGCUCUCUGUCUUUCAAGCUGCAGGAGAGUCGAUCGUAGAACUUGAAGUAGCCUAGAGACGAUGGGGGACAUCGAGGCUCCUGCUGCCGGGGCUACCGAGGCUCGACCGAAUGUCCUUCUGUCAAUCCUGCCGACGAAAGAGUUUGCUCUCUCUCGUAAGGGAUUGCUACUUAUUGCAGAAGUGCUCCUGUGUUUCCUGGCAUUUGUGUGUUUCGUGGCGUCCACGGCGGCCUCCUUUGUCACGGCGCCGCUCCUGGAGUUCCUGACAGCUCUCUUCCUGCUCUUUGCCUACUCCACCAAGCUCAACCAGCGCUUCACCAGCUUCCACUGGCCGCUCAUGGACUUCCUGAGGUGUGUAAGUGCCUCAAUCAUCUUCUUCGUCAUCUCCAUCAUCUCCGUGUCCAAAUACUCAGACGGAGCCUCUAAAGCCGCUGGGGUGUUUGGGUUCAUAGCCACUAUUGUGUUUGCUUUUGAUUUCUACAUAAUCUUCAAUGACCUGGCAGACUUCUUGAGGCGGGGAGGCCAGCCCAGCGAGGGGCAGCCCGGACACACAGCCCACCCUCGAGAUGAUUCCUCAGACGAUGACUCGGACUGAGCAGGUGGUCUUCUCGAUCACCCACCGGCAGAGAGAAAGAGAGAGAGAGAGAGAGACAGCAAGAGAGAGAGAGUGAUGCACCUCUGAAGUAUUCCACUGUGAUAUAAUUAUUACAGCAGGUGGCACACAAGAGCAGUUAUCAGAUAAAAAAAAAGUCUUCACUAGAAAUAUACAUAUUUUUGAAUACCAAAUAUAAGAAAAUAAAAGCAACCGAUUAUUGUUGCGAUAUUUAAACCAAUUGAUAACCAUUUUCAUAAACACAAAUGCAAAGAGCAAACCAAUCCUGGUUGGCACUGUUGGGUCUUGGGCGGAAGUCUAAAGCUGUGAAAACAUCUUGCAGUUCUGAAACAGUUACAAGAAACAAAAUUGGUUGGUACAUUAGAAUACUGAUUUAGUAUUACUUCUUACGUACUAUGUAUCGGUUGUCCACUAUCUGCAUGCGUUUGUGCUUGUUCAUACAAAAGGGACAUCUUAGACCAGCUGUGCGUACGUUUAUGUGUGUAUUAUCCUACACAACAGCAUCUGUGUAGCAAGCCAAUUUUCCAACACUAACCAGGAUACAUUCCACAUCCAACGUCACAUCCAGUUUGUUUACUGUAAACAGGAGGACAGCAGGCUGUCUGGUUACAACUUCUGUGUUCAUCAGCGAAAGAUGAACAAGCGAAUGAAUAGAAAUCCAAGUUUCGAGUUAAACAGAUAAGCAGGCUAUUUCUAUCUGAUCUGUUUCUAGAAGUGUUUUAAUAAGAGGAAGGACUGCAGUCCACUGUGUGUUGAAACCACUUGCUGCAUUAUGUGUUGUGUGUCAAAGACACGUGUAUGAAAUUGUAAUUUACAUGCAUCUGCUUUAUGUGUCAUGUGUCACUUCGGCCUAUAAGUAUGUUAGUUACUGGAUAUGUCACUUGAAUGUCCCUGUCCCUGCCCUGUGUGUGUAUUUCAGAUGUGUUUUGUACUGUGUAUUCUGUCUUCAGUGGAUUGAACGGUCGUGUGUGUGUGUGUCGUAGCUCUAUAGAGCACCACUGAACGGUUUCAAUGAAAUAGUUUGUUCUACCUCUCUGGUUUUGUGUUUUUUUUAAUGAGCAGGUAGGGACGGUAAAGUAAAAAAACAUUUUUUUUAGAUACAUGUCAAUGAGCAGGUAUGGACGGUAAAGUUACCGUUUAUUAAUUUUUGUUACACGUUUAUCAGCAGGCAUACGGGUAUAUUUCUCAAGGACGCCUACAUUUGGACAUUCUGGGAUUCAAACCCAAUACCCCUAACCACUACCCAAAUAAUGGUCAGAAAAUACCAAAAUAAAUUUUGCAUGAGGUUCCAACUGCAUUCACCUCACAGAAUAAUCCUUCGUUUGAGGAAAAAAUACAUUUCUACCGCUUUCCUCUUUACUUUUUUAUUGUGUUAAUUGGAGGACAUUCAGAUUCAAUUAGAAAUGGCCUCUCUCAAAACAAAAUGCUUUCAUAAAUACAUCAUAAUGAUCAGUUAAUUGAGUUCCACACAUUGUAUUUUAUAGGCAGAGCUGGUAUAGUACAAUAUGUAAAGGAAUAUUGUUUCCACACCUAACUAAAACAACCAUUUAUAGAAUUGGAAUGAGAAGGAUCAAGGAUAAAAUAUUGGAAUUUAAGAUAUAAAAUUAAUAAUAAAAAACAAAUAAUAGGUCAAUGUCAAGACGAUAUAUAUAUAUAUUUAAUCAACUGAAGAUAAUAUAUUUAAAUAAACACGUCGUUUUUAAAUUUGUAUCAAACCCUUUAUUAAGAACAAACCAAUUCAUUUACCUAAGCCUUCACGUAGGUCGAUAUUGCUCAGUGUAGCUGCAUUACCACAAACGACAAGCAGAGAGCGCUAGAUUAUCCAUGUAGCAUUUACACCCUUGACCUAACAGCAUAAAGACACAUAAGCCUCAAAGAACUUCAAAAAUAUCUGGCAUUGAAUGAUACGAUUGUUGACAUUUCUCUGUGGAUACAUCAGACACACAAG